CGGGUACGUCACGUGACCUGUGGAAUGUUAACAAUGCAGCGAGUGUCCAACUUAGUGCCGAAUUUCUGAUCCUGCCUGGAGUCAGGGCAGAAAAUGGAGGCUUAUUUAACCAGAUUUGCCCCGCUCCUCUUUCUCUGCUGAGCUUCUCCGGUUCGUCUGCGCGCUACCCGGACCUCAGAAGACGCCGUUUAACGGAAUUUACUCUGUAAUCCGGAGUAUUCUCGCUACUUCUAUCACAUGGAGCAGAUUGGCAUCAUCAUGGUUUGGCUCUGCAGGACCCACAUGUUCAGCUGCGUUUCCUGGAAUAAGCUGGAACCUGAGCUUUGAAAGCCACACCAUGGAAUGCUUGUAGUAUCCCGCUUCGCCUCUCGUCCGUCCACCCCGCCAGGAAUUAGAAACACAAAGUGAGACACAAACAACUGAGGAGGUCCCUUCCAUCGCUGCCUCUGAUCUGUUGUCCUGGAGACUAUCUAGGUCACACUUGGAGGUGGUGCUUUUGAGGGUGUAGUUGGGUGAGUGCAGCUUCUCCCUUUUAGAGUAGGUGCCUGCCCUGGGCACUCUGGCAAUGAGGCCCAAGACUUUCCCAGCUGCCCCGUAUGUGGGCAACACGCGGCAGCGGCUUCAGGAGAUUAAGGAGGGCCUGAAGCAGCCGGCCAAGCUGGUGAGCCAGGCUCUGCUUGGGGGGGGCUCCCGGGCCGAGGGCAGCAGGAGCGCAGACUCCAAGGGCGGGAAAGACGCCACCAGCCGGCAGCAGCACCCCCGCCCGCCACAGAAGUUCAACAACUACCAGAACGCUCUGCGAGAAAUCCGCAGGUCCCUCAUGCCCUUCGCCAACGGGCCAGGAGAGGCUGAGGAGGUGAACCGGCAGAUGCUGCAGGAGCUCGUCAACGCCGGCUGUGAUCAGGAAAUGGCGGUGCGAGCGCUGAAGCAGACGGGCAGCAGGAAUAUUGAAGCAGCGUUGGAGUACAUCAGUAAAAUGGGCUACCUUGACCCUCACAACGAGCUCAUUGUUCGUGUCAUUAAACAGACGUCGCCGGGUAAAGCAGGGAUGCAAAACACAAUGGACCAUCGGCCCACCUUAGAGGUUCCAGGUGAGGCAGGUGCCAUGCCUCCUUAUCACCAGAUGGGGGCUUCCAUGUAUGACGGGGUUGCAGGUUAUGGACCUGAGGGGGAGAUGACCAGGCCUUACAUGGGUGCCCCCCCUGUUAUGAACUACAUGAUGCCCCCUUCCAGUGCAGCUCAGGGUGCUGCAAUAGGGAAUCCAAUGGGUCGGCCCCCUAGCAUGGGCAGCUAUCCGCCUGUGAUGCCUACCCAAGGCAACCCGGGUAGCACCAUGUACCCCCCAGGGGCUCAGCAGAAGGGCUACCCUGGCAGCAUGGAGCAGCACGGGCCCAUGAUGAGCUACAACGUCCCGGGCCAGCCUUUGCAGCUCCAGCCACAGCCACCAGGGGGCCCUGUUCCAGGGCCACACUAUGAUUAUGGCCAUCCCAGGCAGCACAUGAUGGAGCCUGCAGGCUACGGAGUCAAGAGGACUCCUUCUUUCCAGAACAAGAUGCAGCCACCACCUAUGGCCCCUCCAGACAACUACAUCAACAUGCAGGGGAAAGGGGGAAUGGUUCAGAAUGGGCCGGGGGGAGGAGCAGGUGGAUACCCCACUAACAUGUACCUUUCUCCUCACUCCCACCCCCGACAAGCCAGCCCCACAUCCCACCCGGUCCAUAUGAUGUCCCGCUCCCCGGGCGGAGUGGCAGCUUUGGGCCCCGACUUCUCAGAUCUGGCCCAGAUGACCCCCUCCAGGGCCAGCCUCAACCUAGACCUGUAUGACCAUCAUUGGGGGGGGCCUCCAGUUCCUGAAGGGGCCCCUCCAUCCAGGCAAGCCCAGCCCCAGGGCCCGUUUCGGGGGGAAGUACGUGUGCCCAGCAGGACUAACUCCUUCAACAGUCGUUCUGCAGGUCCAAACGCUGUCCGACCCACGAUGGCUGCACCCCCCACUGCUGGGAAACAGGACUCCUCACUGGGCCCUCCAAACACCAUCACAGCUGUAACCUCCCCACCUAUCCAGCAGCCAGUCAAGAGCAUCCGUGUAAUGAGACCAGAGCCCAAGACUGCAGUGGGACCGUGCCACCCUGCCUGGAUGACUGCUCAAGCCCAGGAUGCAGCAGAACCUCUGACCUACAUGCCGGAGGAGACCUACCCACUAGAUCCUGUACAAGAGCCACGCUGUCCUCCUCCACCUUACCCGAAAAAUCUGCUCAUGUCUGGAGCAGCUGGAGAGCCUGGGGUCCUGGAGGGAGCAGGUGCACCAGACCCGAGCAAUCCCGCUACCAGAAGCACACACAGUGGCAGCGGGGGGAGUGGAAAGGCCGAAGACGGCCAGCAGCUCAAAGAGAAGACAAAGGUCAGCAAGGGAGAGAAGACGGUGAAGGACAAGAAGCAGAUCCAGACGUCCCCUGUGCCUGUCAGAAAGAACGGACGGAACGAAGAAAAGAGGGAGUCUCGCAUCAAAUCCUACUCCCCCUUCGCCUUCAAAUUCUACAUGGAGCAGCACAUAGAGAACGUGAUGAAGACCUACCAGCAGAAGCUCAACCGCAGGCUUCAGCUGGAGCAAGAGAUGUCCAAGGCUGGCCUGUCGGAGGCAGAGCAGGAGCAGAUGAGGAAGAUGCUGAACCAGAAAGAGUCCAACUACAACAGGCUGCGCCGUGCCAAGAUGGACAAGUCCAUGUUUGUCAAAAUCAAGACUCUGGGUAUUGGUGCUUUUGGUGAAGUGUGCCUCACGCGUAAAGUAGACACAUGCGCACUUUAUGCCAUGAAAACACUGCGCAAGAAAGAUGUCCUCAAUCGCAACCAGGUGGCCCAUGUGAAAGCAGAGCGCGACAUCCUGGCAGAGGCAGAUAACGAGUGGGUGGUGCGUCUCUACUACUCAUUCCAGGACAGAGACAGCCUCUACUUUGUGAUGGACUACAUCCCCGGAGGAGACAUGAUGAGUCUGCUCAUCCGGAUGGGGGUCUUCCCUGAGCCUCUGGCACGCUUCUAUGUGGCCGAGCUGACGCUGGCCAUCGAGAGCGUCCACAAGAUGGGCUUCAUCCACCGCGACAUCAAGCCGGACAACAUCCUCAUCGACCUGGACGGGCACAUCAAGCUGACUGAUUUUGGUCUCUGCACAGGCUUCCGCUGGACACACAACUCCAAGUACUACCAGAAAGGGAGUCACGUAAGGCAGGACAGCAUGGAGCCCAGUGACUUUUGGGAUGACGUCUCCAACUGUCGCUGCGGCGACCGGCUGAUGACCCUGGAGCAGCACUCCAACCGCCUUCAUCAGCGCUGCCUGGCUCACUCGCUGGUGGGAACGCCUAAUUACAUCGCACCCGAGGUUCUGCUGCGCAAAGGUUACACUCAGUUGUGUGACUGGUGGAGUGUGGGAGUGAUCCUUUUUGAGAUGUUGGUGGGACAGCCGCCCUUCCUCGCUUCAACGCCUACAGAGACUCAGAUUAAGGUCAUAAACUGGGAAAGCACACUACAGGUGCCUCCGCAGGUCAAACUGAGCCCAGAGGCUGUGGACAUCAUCGGUCACCUCUGCUGUUCUGCAGAAGACCGCCUGGGUGCCAACGGUGCCGGAGAGAUAAAGGCCCACCCCUUCUUUGCUGAGGUGGAUUUCUCCAGCAAUUUGCGGCAGCAACUGGCACCUUACCGUCCCAAGAUCGCCCACCCGAUGGACACGUCUAACUUUGACCCGGUGGAGGAGGAAGGAGGCCCAGGAGCAUGGAGUGACAGCGGGGACAGCACCCGAGCCUUGGACGUACUGUGUUCGCCACACGGAAAGCACCCGGAGCACGCCUUCUACGAAUUCACCUUCCGCAGGUUCUUUGAUGACAAUGGCUGCCCCUUCCGCUACCCGAAACCCCUCGAGGCUCACGAGGUGUCACCAGGCUUCAGCGGAGCAGCCAGCUUGGGCCCAGAGGAGGAGGACAAGGAGGGUCUGGAGGAGGAGGAGGAGGAAGAUGAUGAGGAGGAGGAGGAGGGAGAGCAAGGGGAGGGAUGUGAGCCAGUGUAUGUUUAGAGCUUUACCGCAACAGGUUGUAUCUAACACUGCUCCUCCCCCUCCUCUCGUGUGUGUGUGUGUGUGUGUGUGUGUGUGUGUGUGUGUGUGUGUGUGUGUGUGUGUGUGUGUGUGUGUGUGUGUGUGUGUGUGUGUGUGUGUGUGUGUGUGUCACACACACCUGGGUUGUGGAAUUAUAAAGGAGCAGGAUGGAUGACAUCACCACCGUGUGGAGUAUGUAGUGCACUCCUCAUGGAUAACUUGACUCUUGUGAUCCGGGACCAAGAAGCGACCUUUUGCAUGUGACCAACUGGGAGAGGAGGCUGAUCCAGAAUCAGUUGGCUAACGAUGCUGGAGCUGCACGGAUGUCUGGGUUUAGUGUGAGGACCGGCUCUGGUUCCUCCAGCAGUUUCUCGUCUCAUUCCUUCCAGCUGUGGGUCUUACGGGUGAAUGAAACCCCUCCUCAGCGACCUGGACCAGGAGCUACUUCCUGUUCUGUCUGAGCUGCUUUACUUUUUUAGGAUGGCACACAGCAGUAGGAGGAGUGGAACCAGUUUACCUGUUAGUUGUGCCUCUUUCACAGCUACUGCAAAAUAAGCUAAAGAUACAUAAGCACACAUGCCUGCCUAAACGGUGUCGUCCGUGCUGAGUGAGGAAAGGCAGUUAGAUUUCAUGCUGGUUUCUGGUGUCUGUUACACACACUUAAUUCACUUUCUCAGUGCUGACUUUGGAUUUGGCUAAGAAAAAGAGACAGACUUUAUACGUGCUGGAAAUCAGCAGUUUCCUGACGGAUCAGUGCUUUGUAACAUCACAACAUUUAUGCUUCUCUCCUAAAUAAUCCAUUUUGUUUACUUUGUGAUCUUUAUUCUCUCAAAGUUAAAGAACUGAGAACUCAAGGAAUGGGAGCCAGAGCUGUGCAGGCCUGAGCCUGUUGGGGUGGAUGAUGCUUCAGAUUGAAAUCUAAUCACACACACACACACAUAUGCAAUUUUUCACCAAGAUGCACAAUUGUACAGCUACUUUGCAAAGAUCAGUCCUGCAGCUGCAGCUUCACCUAUUUCCUGUACAGAGGCAGUAGGAACUUGUCCUUACAGCAGCCAAACGUGACGGUUUCACUAAGUGCAAUACAAAAACUACAUUAUGUGUGUAUAGAGUUCUAAACACAUUUUAUCCCUUUGAACGUUUAGACCUGAACUGUAUAUUUAUGGUUUAUGUGUGUGUGUUAAACUUCAGUUACACCAUGCUGCUUGAUAUUGUGGUUAAUAUUAUUUACAUAUUGCUAUUGGCUGCAUUCUUUUGUUGUUGUGGUCUAAAGAAAUGUUGGCUGAAGUGUGUUUGUGUGCCUUUCUAAGUGAGCCUUGUGUGUUACGAAGGAGACGACUGAUGAUGAUGUGAGGUGGGUUCCUGGUCCUCUGCAGCUGGGCGGGCCCUGACUGUUGAGGACAGGAUAUGUCUGGUUUUUGAGAGAGAGAGAGAGAGAGGAUGGCUUCUAGAUAUGUUAAUGGGACAUGAAAAGCUUAAUCUAAUAUACAAAGCUUCUAAAAGUGGUGCAUUCUCUUUUAUUUAUCCAAAAUGACCGCUAAUUAGUUUUGGGUCUAUUUUUGCUAGAGGUGUGCCAUGCUCUGUGUCUGAGCGCCUCUGCAGACGAUGCUUACAUCUGUUCAUUUUUAUGCUUCUUGACAAUCAAACAGUAACCUUUUUUUUUGUUUUGUUUUUUUAUGAAACAAUAUCCAACUGUUUCAGCAGUAUUCUGAAUUUCACUUGUGGGUUAUUAAAGCAAGUCAGUUCUCUGGGUGAUGUGUGGUUUUGCUUGACAAUGUUUUAUUUUUUAUAAAUGUGUGUUUUCUAUCAUGCAGCACAAUCUUAAAAGAUGCUUUUCUUAUUUCUAUCCCUUUUCCACAGACCUCUUCCUUUUAUCUGAUGCGAGGAGGCUGACGGAGCAUGCUCAAUGUUUCAUUCACUCGCUGUUUACAUACAACACUCAUUCCUCUUGUUCUCCUUGGUGACUAUUUAGUCAGCAAGUAGAAAUUGAAGAAGCAGAGAAUAACCGGACUGUUAAAACAACUGAUGAUUGGUAGUUUUUACACUUGAGGGCUCUGGUGGAAACGCGUGCAGGUGUUUCCAAACCCUUUCUGUGUUGCUUCAACUGAGUUUUUUGUUCUCACAUCAGUUUUGCUGCGUGGUGAACCUUAGAGAAUAUUGUCUUUUCAUGAUGGAGAAGCAGAUUUGUUGCAUGGCUGCAUGAGAACUGUGUAAACUCAUUACGAAGUAACCGUUACAACGGUGUUAUUUAUAAAUGCGUUAAACUGGACGGAAGCCAAUGUUCUGCGUGUAAACAUAGCUACCAAACAAAGAUGUCUGCUACAAGCCAAUCACAACGCUGGUGCUGCUCCGUCACUCCUACACAUCACAUUUGUCUUUCACUCCGUCGCUCCUGCUUCUCUUAUGCUGCUUUGACUACAUUUCCCACCCACGCCGAUGAGGACGGUCUUCCCCAUGGGGGGAAACAUCUCUCUGCUGUGUGUGUGGGUGUGUGUGUGAGAGAGAGAGGUGUUUGGAUAUGUGCUUUCUGAUUCUAAUUUUGGAGAAUGACAAUCUGAUUUUUUUUUGUCUUGAUUUCCUGGUGUGACUUAUUUUUAUAUCAUUUUGUAUUUCUACUCCACAGUUUUUGGUUUUCUCCUCGUGUGAUACAGUUCUGUUACUCAUUAGUUUAUAUUUAAUACAGAUAUACAUAUUUUUUGUAUCUUUUUCCCCCUUUUUUUCAGUUUCACUAAUGGUAAAAAUCCAUGAAUACACAGUAUUAUAUAUGUAAUUUCAACAGGUAUCUCUUUUUUACAUUAUGUAUGAACAGUGAAAUUGUAUAAAUGCUUUAAUUGUUGUUCUGGUUGUGUGUAAAAUGUAUGUAUAAAUUAAAUUAACCAACUCUGA